AGCAGAGAGACGAUGCACCAUACGCUCGACUCACGUCGGUGUUGCCGCUCGAUCCGUACUCGUUGCCUCCCUGCUGGCGUCCGCUGGAGCCGUACGAGCCACCACCGCUCUGGUUCUGCGCGCGCCACAUGUGAGCAAGGAUGCAGGCAGCACACGCAGCAUCACACUCACGCCGUAGCUCGACGAGUCGUUGUCACGUCCGCUGCUCUGGUUCGACGACCGUACGAGUCGCCGCCGCUCUGCUUGUUGCCGUACGACGACGAGUCGUUGUCGUCGCGGCCGCUGCUGCCGAAGUUGUCGUCACGGCCGCCCGACGAGUUGCCGCCGUAGCUGUCGCCGCCCGACUUGCCCUGGAACGUGUUCGAGUCGCUGUCCUGGCCGUACGACGAGCUCUUGUUGCCCGACCGUACGAGUCAGACGUCGAGUCCUGGCCGUACGACGAGCUCUUGUUGCCCGAGCCGUACGAGUCAGACGUCGAGUCCUGGCCGUACGACGACGACUUGUUGCCCGAGCCGUAGCUAUCCGAGCCCGAGUUCUGGUUGCCCGAGCCGUAGCUGUCGGAGCCAGAGUUCUGGUUGCCCGAGCCGUAGCUCUGCAGUGCAGGGUGUCAGCAUCGAUGCUGCAGCCGGUGCCGCUGCGCGCAGCCCACCAGAGCCG